GGAAUGGCUGCCCAACUACCGGGUGAAAGAGUGGCUGGUCAGCGACAUCAUCUCGGGGCUCAGCACCGGCCUCGUUGCCACUCUGCAAGGUAAAGCCAGGCACGCCGGCGCUCCGCUCCCCUCCCCAGGACGUUCCUAUAAGGGAGCCGGCUGAGCACAGGGACGUUAUGCAGAUGGAAUUACAAAUCUGAGGCUUGUUAUUUAAUACUAGAUAUUAGGUAUUAUUUUGCAAUAAAUAAUUUAUGGUUUUAAUUUAUUCCUUUUUCUUUCCUUGGCUAGAAGAUUUAAAUUUCUUGUGAUGUGUUAUCAAGAUGUACUUAACUUUUCUUCCAGGCGUUUUAUUCCAAGAGUAUUCAUUUUGGUGUUUAAAAUUUUAAUUACAUUGUGAUAAAUCAGAUAGGUUGUGUGGUCUUAUUUCUCUUUCUUGAUUGUCUAAGCCUAUAGUUCUCCUGUAACUGCAUGCAAAUUCUAGUUAUUCCCCUAAAAUAAUGCAACCUUGAUAUCUACUCCUCUUUAAAAUUCAUCUCAUAAGGUUGUUCAGGUGCAGAAGACAACCCUCAAGGAGGUGGUGAUGUAUUCACAUUUAAAAAAAAAUUAAACUUGAUGGAUAUUUACAGUACAUGGCUUGCAAUAUUAAGUUUUCCUUACUUCCUUAUUCCAUUUAUUAGUAAAGCUUUCAGUAGAUGAAUAAAUAGGAAAGUGGCAGAAAUAAGCAGAAAUUAGUUAAAAUAAGCUACUUAAGGAAGACUCAGAGGACAGAGCCAUCCUGCCUGAGGCAGCAUCUGUCUAAAACAAGACUAACUAUAACCCUGACACACCCACCACACUCAUUUCUUUCAUCUCAGUAGAGCUCUUACGCUAUUUUCACAAAUUUUUCGGGACUGCAGCAGGCAAAACUAGGCGUUUCAAGCCCACACUUUCCCUCAGUGGAAAUUAAGUGGUUGCAGAAGGGGACAAAGAUUUACAUUGGGAACAAAGAAAGCAGUUUACGCAUUCCCAAUUAGCCCCAAGUAUUCCCUCCUGUCUGUUCCCUUGGAGCAUGCUAGGAAGGCAGAGACUGGCAGAAAAAAGGCAUUACAAACUUCUGCCCCAGGCAGGGGGUGACCUGAGAAAUAAAGAAAGUGAUUCUUUCCCGAAGAAAGUUCUGAAGAGAGUGUCAGAGCUGGAAGAUCUUUGCUGAAGGUAGUAGUACAGUUAGAGGAUCCCUGUGCCUUUUGAAAAUGAACUGGGCUAGAUGGACUUUUCAUAUUACUUAAAACAGCUAUUAUGCUCUUACUAUAACCCCCUCAUUUAUUUGUUUUCAGUGGCCUGAUUGUCUCUUAAUCAGAAUCCAUUUGUAAAACCAGUUUCUGAAAUAUACUGUCUGGUCUCCCACCUGUGCAUUAAAAAAAAAAAAAAAAGGUAGAAAAAAGGGAGAAAGCCCAAAUUAGUGCAAAUCUAAACCUAGGUAUAAUUUUAAAAAAUCUGAAAUUUUAAAACAUGCAUUACAGGAAAAAUUGGCCAAAAUAUUUGCAAAAAAAAAGAGAGGCUUCUGAGAUCUUGAGGUCCCUGGAAUCCCUAAUUCCCAGCAACUAUGAGUGUUGGAGAAUCCUUGAGGGAGAAUAUUAUACUCUGCAGCGUGGGCUAACUGGGAUAUGAUUCUGAAGGCAACUUUUUUAUUGUUUGCUGGAUUUGACAGCUUGCAUGGGUAUGCAAAGGAAGAAGAACCAAGGCUUUCAAAUGUAUGAUUUACGUUGGUAAUUAGUUUUUAAGCUGCUGCUGGGAAAAGAAGUGGCCUUAUUUUCACAAGAGCUGAAGAUACUGAAGCGUAUGUGUAGCACAGUAAUUCAGUUUUGUGCUUGAAAUUUGUCUGUAACUAGAACCUUCACAUAUCCCCCUUUUCUCUCAAGAGGCACACUCUUGCAACAAUGUUCUCCACUUAAGUUUCCUAUCUCAGUCUGUGUAUUGGGCUAUGCAAAUAUAGAAACAUCUUUCAGUACUUACUCAUCCAACUACCAGCAUGGGAUAUACAGUCAUUUACAGUCAUUGAUACUCACAUGUGUGCCUGCAACUGAUUUACAGACAAAACAUAUUCUAAAUUGCAUCUGGACAAAAGCAGUAAAUCUUUCUGAAAGUCUAUUCUAGACAAGACAGUAGAUUGCUGAGAGAUUUUAAAUAUGAUGUUUUGAUGAUCUAUCAUUUCAGGUUUGGCAUAUGCUUUGCUGGUUGCAGUCCCUGUUGGAUAUGGUCUCUAUUCUGCUUUUUUCCCCAUCCUGACAUACUUUUUCCUGGGAACAUCAAGGCACAUCUCAGUUGGUAACUGCAUGUGUUCAAGUUACAGUGAAUUAUCUAUUACAGAGUGUUAAUCCUUACUGCAGACAUUCAUAUUUCAUACAAUAUAACUACUUUCUGAAACAAAUUGGCUAUGGUGAAUAUUAAUAUUGGUGGAUCUGGGGAAAUUAAGGUUUAUUUCUUCUUUAUACAGGCAAUUGUGCAUAAUAGCUAACUUCAGUUGUGCCCCUGCUUUUUGCUUGAAUUUGUGCUGAAGUUUAAAUCUUGUCUUGGGCUACACUCUAUGCAAGAAACGACAAGAUCAAGGCCUCAGUAGGCAGUAAGAAUGACAGACAUUUUGUCUAUCAGCUAAAGCUCAAGAUGGCUAAAACAGAGCUCUUUUAGUCUUCUCUACAAGCCUUACUUGCUGCAUCCUUUUUUGAUUACUGUGGACAGUAUCUUCUUCUUGCCUGUCGUGGAGACCCAGAACCUGUGUAUCCACUCCAGCCUCACUCUAGGUCCUCACAUCAAGGCUAUGGGUCCAUUCCCAGUAGUCAGUUUGAUGGUGGGAUCUGUUGUAUUGAGCAUGGCCCCUGAUGAGAAUUUUCUCAUAGAAGGCAGUAAUGCUACAGGGACAAAUGGCACUGGGACACUGAUAGACACUGAAUCCAGAGAUGCGCAGAGAGUGCUGAUUGCUAGUACUCUCACAUUCCUGGUUGGAAUUUUACAGGUUAUAUUUGGAGUCCUCCAGAUCGGUUUCAUUGUGAGGUACCUUGCAGAUCCACUAGUUGGAGGAUUCACAACUGCAGCUGCUUUUCAAGUGCUUGUGUCACAACUGAAAAUAGUUCUGAAUGUUUCGACUAAAAAUUAUAAUGGUGUCCUUUCCAUAAUAUAUACUCUUGUUGAAACAUUUGAAAGAAUUGGUACCACCAACAUUGCAGAUCUUAUUGCUGGACUCCUCACCAUUUUUGUCUGCAUGGUAGUUAAAGAAAUAAAUGAUCGGUUCAAACACAAGAUACCUAUACCUAUACCAAUAGAAGUUAUUGUGACAAUAGUAGCCACUGGCAUUUCAUAUGCUGCCGACUUGGAAAAAAAUUACAAUGCAGGCAUUGUUAAGAGCAUUCCAAGAGGAUUUUUGCCUCCUGAGCCUCCAAACAUCAGCCUGUUUUCCCAGAUGAUAGCAGCCUCCUUUUCCAUUGCUAUUGUUGCUUAUGCUAUUGCUGUAUCUGUGGGGAAGGUAUAUGCAACCAAGUAUGACUAUGCUAUUGAUGGAAACCAGGAAUUUAUUGCCUUUGGGCUCAGCAACAUUUUUUCAGGUGCCUUUUCUUGUUUUGUUGCAACUACUGCUCUUUCACGGACUGCAGUCCAAGAAAGUACUGGUGGAAAGACUCAGGUUGCUGGUAUAAUCUCAGCUGGGAUCGUUUUGAUUUCUAUUGUUGCCCUGGGGAAAUUGCUAGAGCCCUUACAAAAGUCUGUAUUGGCAGCUGUAGUCAUAGCUAACUUGAAAGGGAUGUUCAUGCAAGUGUUUGAUGUUCCCCGUCUGUGGAGGCAGAAUAAAGUGGAUGCUAUGAUCUGGGUUUUUACAUGUAUAGCAUCCAUCAUUCUGGGACUUGAUUUGGGAUUACUUGCUGGCCUUUUGUUUGGAUUGCUGACAGUUGUGCUGAGAGUUCAGUUUCCUUCAUGGGGAGGCUUUGGAAACAUUCCUGGCACAGACAUCUACAAGAAGGUCAAGGACUACAAAAAUGUUAUAGAACCAGAAGGUGUGAAGAUUCUCAAGUUUUCAAGUCCAAUUUUUUAUGCUAACAUUGAUGGACUGAAAAGCAGCCUCAAAUCCACAGUGGGAUUUGAUGCAGUCAAGGUAUAUAAUAAGAGACUCAAAGCACUGAGGAAAAUACAAAAGCUAAUCAAGAAGGGAAAAUUAAAAGCUACUAAGAAUGGCAUCAUCAGUGAGCCUGGUAUUAAUAAUGAAGCUUUUGAGACUGAUGAGGAACCUGAAGAUAACCAGGAUCUUCAAGUUCCCACCAAAGAAGUAGAGAUCCAGGUGGACUGGAAUUCAGAACUCCCAGUCAAAGUGAACAUCCCCAAGGUGCCCAUUCACAGUCUCAUUCUUGAUUUUGGAGCAGUAACCUUCUUGGAUAUUGUAGCUGUGAGAUCAAUAAAAACGAUAAUUAAAGAGUUUGAGAGAAUUGAUGUGAGAGUAUACUUUGCUUCAUAUCAAGAUAACCUUAUAUCUCAGCUGGAACGGAGUGCCUUCUUUGAUGACACUGUUAGAAAAGACAUAUUUUUCUUGACUGUCCAUGAUGCUGUGCUCUAUAUAAGGAAUCAAAUGACAUACAGUGACAACCAGGAUCCCAUAUUUGAGAAGAUUUCACUCAUGCAGGAGUCUAAAGAACCCAUAGAGUUCACAGAAGCAAGCCGGCCUGAUGAUGAACUUGAUGUGCAGGAAGAGGCUAUGCGCCGACUUGCUUCCUGAAGGACUGCUGGUACUGUCCUGCCUGUGAGCGCACAGCAGUAUUCACGCACCAGUACUAUCUAUAUCAGAAUUUUCUGCUAUGAAACCAAUCUUUGCACUUGAAGAAAACCUUGAUUGUUUGUCUGAAUGAUACAGAUCUCUAUAACUCUCCAAAUUUUAGCUAACAUUAUCCCAGAAGUACUCUGGACCUUGAUUCUGCAAGCAUUUUCUGCUAUGGUACAUAUUAAUAAAAAAGAAAAUCGGAAGACUAUUGUGCAAGAUGUACUCAGUUUUGGGACUAGUCAGGCAGAAGUUGCACUACACUUUCAUCAGUGUGUACAGGAUGAAAAGCUGCUCUGUGGUCUUCCCUGGAGAGUGGAAGAGACCAAAAUCUCUGGAUGGCAAGCCUUUUGUUCAGUAUUUGUACAAUGCCUAGUGAAAGGGCAGGAGUUCUAGGUGGCCAAGGCUUUGAACAUUAGUGUGAGAAUACGUGCUGACAAGCCUUGAAAAAUGUAUCAUGAUCAUUUUUUUCAAGCAGUUCCUUAAAUUGCUGCAGGUAGUUUGAUUGCUGAAACAGGUGACAGGUGAAACGGUCACGUGAACAGGAAACAGCACUGAACUGCUGUAAUACUUCAAAUAGGAAAAGUUUCUAAAGACCCUUGGAUAUGGGUUCAUUAGUUCUGUAUUAAUCCCAUUGUAGCAAGUCUUGCACUACUAUUAAUGAUUGUCUCUUAAAUGAAGGACAGACAGAAGAUUAUUUUGGCUAGGUUACAUAAUCGCCAUCAAGAGGCAGAUCGUGACAUAAAUUAAGGAGAACCUUAGUCCCUGGGUAUUUAAUGGAAUCUGUAAAACAGGAUGAUAUCAAGCGCAAGCAAGAAAGUCAGAAUAUGACCUAGUAUUGAGGUUUGUGGGUUUUUUAAAUGGAAUAUAGGUGUAUUUUUUGUUUAAUGAAUAGUUAUAUUUUUAUAGAGAUUUUUUCUUUUAAUAUUCUACAUCAAACUGCUGCUGUUCUUUUACAUUUGAAAGUUCAUAAUGCACAAGUGCAAUAAUUUACAAAAGAUAAAGAUUUGACCAGCAAAACUUUAAUCUUGAACUAAUGUUCUUAAUUUUCAUGAAGAAGAAAUGUAUUUCGACAGAAAACAGACUGCUACCUUAAAUUUUUUAGCACUACAUUAUUUUUUAAAUGGGAAAACAACCUCUAUGGUGAGGAAACAGAUAAAAAUUAAAGUCUAAGAAAUGUCCAGGUAUAAAAUGACUUUAGGUUUAACAGUGUGGAAUAAUUAGCUUUAGUAUAUUUAAUUCUCCUUAUUUGAUUACAUCAGAGAAAUUUGCCAACAUCACACUGCACAGAGAUUUCUGGUAACACUAGGUAACACUAGUGGAAAAGCUAAGCAUUAAGUGAAUUAUUCUGGCCUAAGCACCUGAGAGAACUGUGUCAAAAUCAGUGAAAAAAAAAAUCCUAUAAACUUCAGUCAGUGGGACAGUAUCUUACAUAAUAGGUAACAGCACCAAACUGUCAUCUGUAUUCUCUAGUUAAGUCACAGACUUCAGCCUUCACAAGUCAUUGAAGCUUCUCACUUCAGACACUUGAACUUAGAUUAUGUUCGAUGCUCCAGUCCAAGCCAGCAAACAGCAGGAUUGUAUUCACAAUGGGUAUGGGCCAUUUGUCUGUGGGAUGGGCAUCUCCACCAGCUGAGAAUGAGGCAAGUGUUCAAGAGGCAAAUCAGACCACUCUGUGCCUCUUCAGAUGGAACCAUUAAUUUAUUGACACGAAUGCUUCAGCCCAGGCUGUGAUUUGACAAUUCAUGCUUUUAACUCUACCUGUCCUCCUUCUGUCCCCUUGCCAGUCUCUCAUGGGAGGUUGGCACUUCAGCCCACCUUACUGGCCUGAAGUCCCUAUCAGGCCAUGGCCCCAACUCCUAUUAAUCUGACUACUGGAACAGUUGCCAGUGCUGGUGCCACGAGGCCAGUGACACAUUUUUUAGAGGCUGUAUUGCUUUUCUAAAACAGGUGUACAUUUUAUGUAAAAAGUAAAAUAUUCUACCUGGUAAGUGAGCUUUCAGCUAAUUGUUAUGCGGGACACAUUCUAUGGAAAAGAUGGUAAAAAAGUGGUAGCAGUGAAUUAUUUUUUUCCUCAAGACAACAUUUGCACUGUGAAGUUUGAGUACAGAUUCUUACUUGACAGAGAAGUGCCCUUACAUUAUUUUCUGAACUUUCUCUAGUUCUUUUCUGUACAGGUAUUUAAAAAGCAUUUAAAUACUCAACAGUCUUCCAGUUCCUUUCCAAAUACGACACCUGAUCUGGGAUUAAUUGUGAUAAAACAUGAUAAAAUGCACUUAUUCUCACAGCCUGCGUAUUUCUUCCAGGCAUGGUUGUUCUUAAUUUAACAGGCACAAAAUGUUAAACUUUUUCUGAAAAACAGCAUUUCUCUCAAAACCUACUGUGGCAUAGAAGGGUAAGAGAUAAUAUGCAGAAUGUAUUAAAAUACCUUUCUCAGUGGAUAUGUGCUUCAUUUUCUAUGUAUCCAUCAAAAUUAAGGAUACCAAAAUAAUGGAUUUUAGAUUGAAGCUAAAAUUCUCUAGUUUUUUACUAAUUCAAAUAUCCUGUAAGUAGUGUAACUAGGUGUGCUCAUCUUUUUCCAGUAGGAUGAAGAAGUGAUAUUUUUGUAUGCAUUUUGAGUAUUACUGUUCUGUCUUUGCAUGUCAGAUAUUAAACUUGGAGAUGUAUUUUAAGGUUUUUUACACUUUUAAAAAGCUGCAUUUGAAAAGUAAUUGUACCCAUUACCUAGAAAAUAAAGUUGUGCCUGCUGAAAACAUGCUCCUU